GAAAUGAAGGUUUUGAUAACUGGUGCUUCUGGACUCCUUGGUAGAGCUGUUGUUCGUAACUUUAAAGCUGCUGGUCAUUCUGUGGUGGGAACCGCGUACAGUCGAGCGAAUGAUGAGCUCAUCAAACUUGACCUUACUGAUAGUGAACAAGUUGAAAAAUUAUUGAACAAUAUCAAACCUGAAGUUAUUGUACAUUGUGCGGCCGAACGUCGACCAGAUGUAGCAGAAAAGGAUCAUGAGGGAACUCUCAAAUUAAAUGCAAAAGUACCUGGUGAUCUGGCACUUUAUGCAAAGAUUCAUGGUGUUAUGCUUAUUUAUAUUAGUACUGAUUACGUAUUCAAUGGCACUAACCCUCCUUAUCAAGCGGAUGAUCUUCCUGACCCUAUUAACUUUUAUGGUGAAUCCAAGCUUGCUGGGGAACAAGCUAUUCGUGACAUUCAUCCAGCUUCUGUUAUCCUUCGUGUACCAAUCUUAUAUGGAGAUGUUCUUUUCAAUGGUGAAUCAGCUGUCAAUUUAUUGAUCGAUUCGGUGAAGAAUACUAACAAACCUGCUGAAAUGGAUAAUUACUGUCUUCGAUAUCCUACAAAUGUGGACGACGUUGGCAGAGUGAUCAAGGACUUGGCAGUUUACAAGAUUGAAAAGGGUCGUUCAAUUGAAGGAACUUAUCACUUUACAGCCGAAGAAAUGCUUACAAAAUACGACAUGUGUUGUAUUUUUGCGGAUUUGCUCAAUGUAUCCAAAGAUCAUCUUCAACCACAAAAUUCUAUCUCUGGUUCUGCUUCUGCCUCAAGACCCAAGGAUUGUCAUCUGUCUACUACUCGUUUACAAACUGAUGGUAUUGAUGUUUCUUUUGUCCCUUUCCGUACUUGGUUCCAAUCAUAUUUGUCCCCAUAGCUUAGUUAUCUCUUUUGAUCUUCGCCUUAAAUUAGAUAAAUAAAUAAAAAAAGUCAUUUUUAUUGAUUCAUAAAGACAAAAAAAAA